GGCGGCUCGGGGCGCGGGCGGCGGCGGCGGCGGCGGCGGCCCCGACUGCAGACCCGGCGGGAGCCGAGCGAGCCGGGCCGGGCGCGGGCGGCGCCAUGGGGCGACGCGGCGUGUGAGGCGGCGAGCGAGCGGCGGGCGGGCUGCGGGCCGCCAAGAUGGCCGACCUGGAGGCGGUGCUGGCCGACGUGAGCUACCUGAUGGCCAUGGAGAAGAGCAAGGCCACGCCGGCCGCGCGCGCCAGCAAGAAGAUCCUGCUGCCCGAGCCCAGCAUCCGCAGCGUCAUGCAGAAGUACCUGGAGGACCGGGGCGAGGUGACCUUUGAGAAGAUCUUCUCGCAGAAGCUGGGGUACCUGCUGUUCCGCGACUUCUGCCUGAAGCACCUGGAGGAGGCCCGGCCCCUGGUGGAGUUCUACGAAGAGAUCAGGAAAUACGAGAAGCUGGAGACGGAGGAGGAGCGCCUGGCCUGCAGCCGCGAGAUCUUCGACAGCUACAUCAUGAAGGAGCUGCUGGCCUGCUCUCACCCCUUCUCAAAAAGCGCCAUCGAGCACGUGCAGGGCCACCUGGUGAAGAAGCAGGUGCCUCCGGAUCUCUUCCAGCCGUACAUCGAGGAGAUCUGCCAGAACCUCCGAGGGGACGUGUUCCAGAAAUUCAUCGAGAGUGACCGGUUCACGCGCUUCUGCCAGUGGAAGAAUGUGGAGCUCAACAUCCACCUGACCAUGAAUGACUUCAGCGUGCAUCGCAUCAUCGGGCGAGGGGGCUUCGGCGAGGUCUACGGGUGCCGGAAGGCCGACACGGGCAAGAUGUACGCCAUGAAGUGUCUGGACAAGAAGCGCAUCAAGAUGAAGCAGGGGGAGACCCUGGCCCUGAACGAGCGCAUCAUGCUGUCCCUCGUCAGCACGGGGGACUGCCCGUUCAUCGUCUGCAUGUCCUACGCCUUCCACACGCCCGACAAGCUGAGCUUCAUCCUGGACCUCAUGAACGGCGGUGACCUGCACUACCACCUGUCCCAGCACGGCGUCUUCUCCGAGGCCGACAUGCGCUUCUACGCGGCCGAGAUCAUCCUGGGCCUGGAGCACAUGCACAACCGCUUCGUGGUCUACCGGGACCUCAAGCCGGCCAACAUCCUUCUGGAUGAGCACGGCCACGUGCGCAUCUCAGACCUGGGCCUGGCCUGCGACUUCUCCAAGAAGAAGCCCCACGCCAGCGUGGGCACCCACGGGUACAUGGCCCCCGAGGUGCUGCAGAAGGGCGUGGCCUACGACAGCAGCGCCGACUGGUUCUCCCUGGGCUGCAUGCUCUUCAAGUUGCUGCGGGGGCACAGCCCCUUCCGGCAGCACAAGACCAAAGACAAGCACGAGAUUGACCGCAUGACAUUGACCAUGGCGGUGGAGCUCCCCGACUCCUUCUCCCCCGAGCUCCGCGCCCUGCUGGAGGGUCUGCUGCAGAGGGACGUCAACCGCAGGCUGGGCUGCCGCGGCCGAGGGGCGCAGGAGGUGAAGGAAAGCCCCUUCUUCCGCUCCCUGGACUGGCAGAUGGUGUUCCUGCAGAAGUACCCGCCCCCCCUCAUCCCCCCGCGAGGGGAGGUGAACGCGGCCGACGCCUUUGACAUCGGCUCCUUCGACGAGGAGGACACCAAAGGAAUUAAGUUGCUGGACAGCGACCAGGAGCUCUACCGCAACUUCCCCCUCACCAUCUCGGAGCGGUGGCAGCAGGAGGUGGCCGAGACGGUGUUCGACACCAUCAACGCGGAGACGGACCGGCUGGAAACGCGCAAGAAAACCAAAAACAAGCAGCUGGGCCAUGAGGAAGAUUAUGCCCUGGGCAAGGACUGCAUCAUGCACGGCUACAUGGCCAAGAUGGGCAACCCCUUCCUGACGCAGUGGCAGCGGCGCUACUUCUACCUGUUCCCCAACCGGCUGGAGUGGCGCGGCGAGGGCGAGGCCCCGGUAAGCAGCGCGCAGGGGUGGGGGGGCGGGGUCCCCCUGCCGCCGCGCCCUCACCGGCCGCCCCGCGCCCCGCAGCAGAGCCUGCUGACCAUGGAGGAGAUACAGUCGGUGGAGGAGACGCAGAUCAAGGAGCGCCGCUGCCUGCUGCUCAAGAUCCGCGGCGGCAAGCAGUUCGUGCUGCAGUGCGACAGCGACCCCGAGCUGGUGCAGUGGAAGAAGGAGCUGCGCGACGCCUACCGCGAGGCCCAGCAGCUGGUGCAGCGGGUGCCCAAGAUGAAGAACAAGCCGCGCUCGCCCGUGGUGGAGCUCAGCAAGGUGCCCCUGGUCCAGCGGGGCAGUGCCAACGGCCUCUGAGCCGCCGCCCGCCCGCCUUUUAUAAACCUCUAAUUUAUUUUGUCGGAUUUUUAUUAUUUGUUUUCCCGCCAAGCGGAAAAGGUUUCUUUUGUAAUUAUUGUGAUUUCCUGUGGCCCCAGCCUGGCCCCCAGGGACGGGCACGCUUGCCUUGGCUCCCCUGCCGCCCACCAGCCACCGUCCGCGCCCCCCGUCCCGCCGCCUGGGGGUCUCCCGUGCCCACUGUCUUCCCAAGGGGCGAGCGGCUGCCUCAGCCCCCGCCGGUGGCCCGGCCCCGGGAGAGGCCACAGCGACAGAGCCUACUUGAAAUUGUCCACCGCGGUGUGGCCUCCCGGGCCAGGGCCGGGUGGCGGAGGGGGCACGGCCCCCCUGCCCCAGGGUCUCCACGGGACUUGGGCUCCUCGUGUUGGAAGCACCCUGGGACCCGGCCACCCGCAUUCCCGACUUCCCUGGGCACGGGGGCACGGGCUGGGCCUCUCUCCGCCCUGGGGCCAGAGCUCAGGGACCAGGGAGGGGACUCCCGGGGCCACACCACAACGGGGGCAGCAGCCAGCCCCGGCCACCACCCCGUCUUGUCAGCGCCAGCGCCCCGCCCCGCCCGCCGCAUGCCCCCUGUGCCAGUCGCGCUGCCGUGUGGUGUCGCCCUCCCCUGGGGCGGGGUCGGCGCCUGCCCCCCACUCACUCCCGGGGUGUUUCUUUGCCGAUUUUGAAUGUGAUUUUGAAGAGUGGAAAAUGAAACUCCGCGUUUUUAUAAAAAAUGGUGCCUGA